GUUGAUGUGCAGCUGGUAGAGCCAGAGUGAGUUGGUCACGAUGCAGAAAUCACUCAGGUGCAGUAAGCUCGUCCUGGCUCUUGCCCUCAUCUUGGUUUUGGAAUCUUCAGUUCAAGGUUAUCCUAUGCCAACAGUCAGGCGCCAGUGGGUACGCUGCAGUCCCAACAGCAAUUCUGCAAACUGCAUCGAUGAAAAGGGACCAAUGAUUGAUCUGCUUCCAGGUGAAUCCAACAGGAUCCUCCUUCCAAGGACUGACUCUUUUUCAAUGACAAGAUUCCAGAACUUGAAAAAUAUCUUCCCUCUUUCUGAGGACUAUUCUGGAUCAGGCUCUGACGCUGACUCUGGCUCUGGCUCAGGAUCUGGAAGUGGCCCCAGAAGUGACUUCCUAACUGAAAUCGAACAGGAAUACCAACCAGUAGAUGAAAAUGAUGCUUUCUAUUAUGACGUUAGGUCUCUUGAGAAAAAUCUGCCCUCAGACAGCCAGGACUUGGGUCAAGAUGGAUCAGAAGAUAAUUUUAUUAUAUAAAAGAGAGCAUUUUCCCAACUUGACACCAGGCAAUGUAUUCAGUAUAUUUUGUGUACCAUGGUUAAAUGAUUAUUCUUAGGACAAAGAGUUUUCUAGAAAUUUUAAAGCAUCUGAAAAAGAAGCUUAAAUUUUAACACCUUUUUCUAUGAAUUCUUAAAGGAUUAUGCUUUAAUGCUGUUAUCUAGCCUAUUGUUCUGAAAAAUACCUGCAAUUUUUUUGUAUCCUAUUCAAUGAACAUCAUUAUGAAAUUAACUAGAUUCUCAUGUCUAUAAAAUUGCUAUAAGGAAUAAAUUAUACUGUUUUUGAAAAAUUCAGUUUGAGAAGAAAAUUGACAGGCAACAUUUUAUAUCUAUGUCUUCAGGAACUUACUCUGUGAAUUAUAAAUGUGCCUCUUUUCUUAUUAAAGAAAAGGAUGAAUCACAGUGAAUUUACAGAAUGGGUAUUUGACAUGUUUUACGGUGUGAAGUGUAUUACUAUAUACUAUUACCAUUGGAUGUGUUUGCAGAGCUAGUGUUACAAUUAGAAAGUUAAGACCCAAAUUAAAGCACAGUUGUGCUCUGAAUACCUCAUCCUGCUUUGCCUUUUUUUCCCUGGAUAUCUGUGUAUUUUCAAAU